AUGGGAGAUGUGAAUAAAUCAGAGGUUUUGGACUUCAUUCUGAUGGGAUUUUUCAGUCACUCACAGCCAAGCCUGCUCCUCUUCUCCUUGGUGUCUGCCACGUUUGUCAUGGGCCUUCUGGGCAAUGCCAUUCUGCUCUUUCUGAUCCACGUGGACUCCCGGCUCCACACACCCAUGUACGUUCUGCUCAGCCAGCUCUCCUUGUUUGACGUUAGCUUCCCCCUAGUCACCAUCCCGAAGAUGGCUGCUGACUUCCUACAGGGAGAGGGUUCUAUAUCCUUCCUGGGGUGUGCAGCUCAGAUAUUCUUCCUGACAUUGAUGGGCGUGGCUGAGGGCAUCCUGCUAGCCCUCAUGUCCUAUGACCGUUACGUUGCUGUGUGCCACCCCCUGCAGUAUCCUGUGCUCAUGAGACGCCAGGUGUGCCUGCUAAUGGUGGGAGCAUCCUGGCUGGCAGGUGCGCUCAACGCAUCCAUCCAGACUUCCAUUACCCUGCACUUCCCCUACUGUGCUUCUCGCAUCGUGGACCACUUCUUCUGUGAGGUGCCAGCCCUGCUGAAGCUCUCCUGUGCAGACACCUCUGCCUAUGAACUGGCUCUGUCCACCUCGGGGGUGCUGAUCCUGUUGCUUCCCCUGUCCCUUAUUACUACCUCCUACGGCCAUGUGUUGAGGGCCAUUGUACGCAUGCGCUCAGAUGAGGCUCGCCAUAAGGCAUUCACUACCUGCUCCUCGCACAUCACUGUGGUGGGGCUCUUUUAUGGUGCAGCUGUGUUCAUGUACAUGGUACCUGGUGCCUACCACAGCCCACAGCAGGACAAUGUGGUCUCCCUCUUCUACAGUCUCAUCACUCCUACACUCAACCCUCUUAUCUACAGUCUGAGAAACCAGGAGGUAAGGAUGGCUUUGGUCAAAGCACUCAACAAAAUUGAGAUCAGGCCAAAGGGAUGA